CGUUGGCUCGUGCCGUCGUGGUUCUGAUACUAGCAGGUCCUUGCCAUCAAGGAACUCUCGGAGACCCGACUGUCACGCGCACGAACCCACAGGCCGAGGAGCCGGAAGUUUCCGGUUACGUGACAACGGCCGAGAAAGUGUCGUGAACGCGUGCAGUUCAGUGAUUCGACAUCACAGACAUGCUCUUUCCGGGCUGCGUCGAGAAUUCCUUACUCCCGUGAACCGUGGGACCUUUAGUGACAUCAGGUUGGGUAUUGUGAAAAACUUUUGGGGAAGUUGUUAUCAAUGAAGGUCAUCCCCAGCUCUGAUCAACGAUUUCUGGGAACGGACUAAUUAUCUUUGCCCAUACCAGUGAAAUUGACAUCAUGAAUUGUUGAUCGUGUACAUAUGAUCAGCAUACCGUGGUCUGAUUUGCAAUAUCAAUUGAACUCAUCUAGACAGAUUUUGUAAAGGUCGUGGGGACGGCGUGAAACUGUCCGACGGCUAGCGAAAUAUCACACAAGCCCUUCUCGAUAAGCAAUUUGCGUUGUAAAAUUUGCAAAAUAUGUGAAACACAGUUGCUUGCAUUCUGGGCCGUGAGAUUGGUCUAUAGAUUUUGGAAAUGUUCAACGAUAAGGCGAAUAUGUAGACCAUGAUCGUAAAAAAAAAGAAACAGUCUCGGAAUAUGUUUGACUUGUAAGCUAAUGCAAAGAGAUCAACGACUGAAAUGGAUUGGUGUUAUCAUUCAGAAGAUUUCAGACGGAAGAUAUAGAUGUUAGUUCAAAGCAGCAAGGCCAAAACUUCCACAGACGCCCCAAUUAUCUCCAUGAAUAAGUAGUAGCUUAUUGUCAGUGAUGAUCCAUGGAGUGCGUUAUUUAGUGAUCGUGCUCCAGCAAACAAAAUGGAAGAUAUAAACACUGUGCGUUGAUCCGAGACGUCCAACGACGCCAUAAACUUCUUCCAACACCUCGUCACUGUCGACAAACACCACAUGAUUCCAGCAUAUCGUCGAUAAAGUGAUCUCUUUCUUCCUUGGUGAUCGGGUUUUGUUGAUCUCACAAAUUGAUGCAAGAGGACUGAUCGCUCUCCAACGGAGAGAAAAGUACCGGCGAGUUGGUACCGAACAUGGUGUUGGAGCCCGGAGGCGGUCUGUCCUUUCCGCUGCCUCCUGGCAGCGGCUCCAGCGCCUCCGGAGGAUCCCUGUUGGCCCCGACCAGAUUGUUUCAAAGGACGACGCCCGUGUUUCCAUUCCAUCUGACAGGAUGGCCGCCGCAUCACCCGGUUCUGGGGCAGGUGCAAAGUCAAGUCCAGCAAAGUAUGCAGGCCCAGCAUCAGGCCGCUGCCGCUGCUGUUAGAUUCCUCAGUCAUCAUCACCCGCAUCACCCGCACCCGGCACUGAGCAAUCAUUCUCUAGUACCGGCGAUCGCCGGACAUCAUCCCACUGCGCAUCAUCUGCAUCAUGCCGCUGAUCAUGGAGAGGAAGAUGACGAAAAGAAGGGCUGCGACGGAGAGUCAGACGAAGGUGGCAACAAGAGGCGAAGAAGCAGAACCAACUUCAACAGUUGGCAGUUGGAAGAAUUGGAGCGGGCCUUCUUGUCGAGUCAUUAUCCCGACGUCUUUAUGCGAGAAGCUCUGGCUGUGAGGCUCGAAUUAAAAGAGAGCCGCGUGGCGGUGUGGUUUCAAAACCGAAGGGCAAAAUGGCGAAAGAAGGAACACACGAAGAAGGGUCCCGGGAGGCCGGCGCAUAACGCUCACCCUCAAAGUUGCAGUGGCGAACCCAUCCCACCUGAAGAACUGAGACGGAAAGAACGCGAAAGGAGACAGAAAAAGUUGCUCAAAGCUCUCGAGAGGCAGCAACGGAAGCUCGCUGCUAAAGGCAUAACAGUGGAGUUGUCGACACUGCGUGCCGAGUGGGAGUCUCGCAGCGAGGCAGCGUCGGGACGAGGCGGUUCCGCGAGCGGUCCCCUAAGCAACUCCUUUGGUCAAUUAGGCCUAAACAACGAGAGCAACAACAUGUCUGCUUCCGGCAACGAUGCUAACGAGGAGAUCGACGUGGUAGGCGGACUGGACUCCUGCAGCGAGAGCGGAAGCGAACGAGUAGACUCCGCGGCCGACGGGUCCGUGGACGGUGAAUGUUACCCGACGGGCAACGCCAGCGAAUCCAGCGAGAGCCGCAAGAACCCGCAAAACCCGACGAUGGAACACCUGAACCAUCAACCCGGUAUUCACCAUUGGGGUCUGAGCUUACUGGAGCGACGACGCGAGUUGGUGGCCGUCGGCACGGGUCGUCAGCAGGCUGGCAACGGAGGCAGAAAUCUGAUCAGGCAAGCUACCAGCGAAGAGGAAGUCCAAAGCGGUAGCAUUGACCUCUCGGUGAAGGGCAGGGAGGAGAGAAAGAGGCUGAACCCGUUCUCCAUCGAUAGUCUACUGGGGAAUAACCGAACUAGCGGGGCUUCGGAGCGCAGGCCGGCGACGCCUACGACGCCGACGUCGCCGAUGUCGUCAGUCUGCACGUCGCCCUCUACAACGUAGUGAAUAGGCGAAAGGGGAGACGCCGAAGUGAGCCAGUUUAAAGGGACGCUCAGUUGGCGAUGGUGAAGUGCGAUUAGUUGGGGUUCUCCUCUUCGGGAUACCAGUGAACGGUGAAGUGAUCGCCAGAUCAACAAAGACUGAAAGGUGACUGAAAAACGGUUCUUUUGCUUCGAAAAAGAAAAGAACGAGAAAGACGCACAGAGAUGAGACUGGCCAUAGUAAUGCUCCUGUUCCCACCUUUGAAUCGCGGUUCCAGUCCUUUGACUGAAGACAACAGAUUCGCGAAUAUCCUUGCAUACUUGUAGACACUCUUACGUCCUUCGAUGGGAUACAUCUAGAUCUUCGGUAUCCCGACGUCUUUGGAGAAUCUCUGCACGAGUUCGAGGCUCGGGACACCCAUUGACUGGGCAACACGUAGAUAGAUUGAAUUUUAGAGAGAUUCAAGGAUCUGCAAGUUGAAGCUAAAUCGCAACUACGUAACUCGGAGACUCUUCGAGUCCAUUCGGGGAAUCCGGAAAUCACACGUCAGCAACUUGGACCGAGAAGGCAUAUAUCAGUUCGACAUAUCGAAUGCAUGCGUGACCGUCGUAGAUUGAGUGAGUUUGAUUUCAUCAUUGUGUCUCUUUUCAAAGAAGAAAAUGGAAAAAUGUGCAAUAAACGAAGGGCGCACUCGUUGACUAGGCGGGUCGUCCUUUUUCGAGGUAAGAGAGAAAGAAGCGAGGAAGCGACAGCAAGAAUGAGAGAGAGAGAGAGAGAGAGAGAGAGAGAGAGAGAAAACAAAAGAGUGAAUGCAUACGUAUGUAUUUAAUGUAAAUAGUGAGAAGGAGGUUUUGUUUUAUUUAAUUUGAGUAGCUGAUACCCCAGUGUUCGUCGAUCGCGGAUAUUAUUUAAAGCAAUAGGGCAGGGGUUCUCAACUCUUUACACUGACGCGCGAUCGAGUCGGGAGAAAUUGUAGAAAAAUUUGCUUGUUGUGAUUAAAAUUCUUACAGGGAGGAUAGAGACUGGGCGAAUGGAUGAGUUUUUUCUUAGCAACCUGUUUAUAGUAGCGUAAUACUAGGAACAGUGUCAAAUCGGGACGGAAAGGUGUGAGAAAGGUAAAAGCUUUUGAGGACCUCUGCGAUAGGAUUUUGCCUGGUUGUAUAUAUACUUAAAAAAUCCUACGUGAACGUGAGUACAGUGCGGUACAAAGAUUUGCUCUCCCCACCCCCCUGCAAGCAAGAUAGAUCUAUGAGCUCGGUUUAUGGUUAGGGGUGAUUAAGAGUUGCCAUACGAUGAUCCGGGAUAUGCGAAAACAGUACCUAUCAUAUAUCCAUUAAAAAUAUAUUAAUUUAUU